AUGGGAUUCAUCGCCUUGACGAGCCUUGCAGGCGAAAAUUUCCAGCAGAGGGGAGGGACCGAGAGAAAACGAGCAGCCAGACAGAAUGGCAGUGCUGCCAGUGCUGCUCAGGGGGAUAUGUCACAGCUGAGCCGACGAGAACGACGAGCGAUACAGUUUGCUGACAGGAAAGUGUCUGCAGACAAUGAUGAAACCAGUGGAAAGCGACCUGAUUCUAGCGAGGAAGAGGAGGAGGAUGAAGAGGAGGAGGAGCAGUCCUACAACAAACUUAUGAAGAUGUUAAGCUCGGAUAAAGGGAACGAAGCUCUUCGGGCAAGACUUCUGGAAGAGACAGGAGGAGAAAGACAGGACGAUGAAGACGAAGAACUCGAGGAGGAGGAGGAGGAGGAGGAGGAGGAGGAGGAGGAGGAGGGAGACGACGAAGACGGCGAACUCGAAAGCGAGGAAGGCGAGGAGGAGGACGAGGAAAAGGAAGAGGAGGAUGGCGAGGGCGAAGAGGGGACACUUGAGAAUGAAAGCUCGGAACAGAACAGCGUAGAUGCUGAUGAUCAGGAUGAGGAAGGAGAGGAUGUAGAAAAGGAGGGGGGCAGAGGAUCGAGGAAAAGAGGGAAGUCACGAAGGGCGACGAAGAAGGGGCUGGAAGACGACCUAGAGGAGCUCGGGCUCGAUGCAGGUCAACUUGGGAUGAUCCAGCUGCAAGAGCAUGACGACAUGGCAGAGGAGCCGGAGGCUGAGGAGUCGGAGGCAGAGCAGGACGAGGGAACCGCGGACGCAAGGGAGGAGGCGACCGGCUACCAGAAGCACAUCUCGUCCUUCUCCUUGGAUAGUGCGAAGGUGGAGUCGUUCCUGCAGGCUCGCAACGGGGGCAAGUGGAGGAAAAAGCAAGUGGAGGGUCUGCCGGUUCCCUUGCUGUGGAGAGCAGGGAGCCAUGGGGUCAACCCCUUUCCGCGGGAAGCUGCGGACCUGUCGGGCUACCCAGCUGAAAUCACGAGAUUGUUUGCGGCCGCCGCUGAGCGGACGAGCAAAGACGAGAAGAAGAAGGAGCUCUACGGCGAGCCCUCUCCUCGCGGCAGGGACGGGCUGACGAAACUUCAAAGCGCCCUCCUGCCCCAGCUCGCAAGCUACAUGGACUUGCACUACUGCAUGCGCACUUGCUCGCAGGCCAACGAGAUCCGCGAGAUGGUCGGGCUCCAUGUGGUGAACCAUGUGACGAGGUCGCGGGAAGAGAUUCACAGCAACAACCUCAAGCUCAAAAAGGACAAGAGCUUCCCCGCAAAAGACCAGGGAUUCACGAGAUGCAAGGUUCUCGUGCUCCUGCCAUGUCGCAACUCGGCCUGGCGGUUCAUCAAGAAGCUGCUGGAGCUUGCUCCUUCUGCGCAGCGACCCAAGGGGAGGAUCGACAACCUUCAGAGAUUUCAAGAAGAAUUCGGACCAGGAGACAAGACAGAACGCAAGGAGGACAAGGAACGGCUGCUCAAGGUUGGAGUGGAUCACUGGGAGAGGUUCGAGGGGAACACGGAAGAUCACUUCAGGAUCGGCAUUCAGCUGCACUCCAAAUUUGCCCGUCUAUUCGCUCCCUUCUACACAGCAGACAUCAUCGUCGCCUCCCCCCUGGGGUUGCGCAUGAUCGUCAAGUCAGCCGAUGGAGGGCUGACCCUGGGAGGAGAAGCUGACUUCUUGUCGAGCGUCGAGGUCCUCGUGAUCGACCAGCUGGACUAUCUGCUCAUGCAGAACACCGAUCAUCUCUAUACCGUGCUGGGCGCCAUGAACAGGCAGCCCAUCAAGCCGAGAGGAGCAGAUUUCGCACGACUGCGAGAAGUCUUUUUGGAUGACCUGCAGAAGUACUUCCGCCAGACUCUCAUCUUCUCCUCUGUUUGUACCCCGGACGGCAACGCGAUCAUGAGCAGGAGCUCCUUCAAUCUGAGGGGCAUGGUGAAGACAGCAGAGGAGCACAAGGGAUCGAUCAGGAAGGUUUUGCAACAUAUUCACGUUCGUCAAAUGUUCAUCAAGAUGCCGCUCAAGGAGAACCUGAAAGACGCCGACGAUGCGCGAUUUUCAUACUUCUGCGACAACAUCUUCAGUCAAGUGCACGGAUCCUGCCAGUCCCAUACUCUCCUUGUCGUCCCCUCCUACCUGGACUUCGUCAGGUACUCCGAUGCUCCUCAAGUCUUGAGAGCGAGGGGAGAUUUCUUCCAUGGGCGCAAGGAUGUACUCCUCAUCACUGAGCGAUUCCAUUUCUACUUCAGAUUCCGAAUUCGCGGAAUCCGCCACAUCGUAUUCUACUCUCUCCCGCAGGCAACCUCACCCUGCUCACACCAGCAAGAUCUAACUUCCCCUCAGUUCCCUGAGUUCUACACGGAGCUUGUCAAUCUCAUCUCACUGCAUGACGAUGUCGGAGGAACGGUGACAAGCCUGUACUGCAAGCAAGACCAGCUCAACCUACAGCGAGUGGUGGGCAGCAGCAGGGCCGAACAGAUGCUCUCGUCCGACAAAACAGUUCAUAUGUUUGCUUAG